GUAUGCCAUUUGUUGCCUGUCUUUCUCUUAACGUUCAUUAAUACUUUGUUAAGUAGUUUCGUUUUUAUUUGAAUUUUGUAAUUUUUCAGUCAUGCUUGGCAUAAUCGCAAUCAUCUUAAGUGCACUGUCUGCCAUUCUUGACAUUGCCGGACUAGCCGUACCGUACUGGUACUCCGGAACCGUUCUGAGUCUCAAAGCGCAUUUUGGACUGUGGAAAUCUUGCGCAAGUUCCAUAUGUGCAAGCAUCCCCGAUGCUCCAGGGGCAUUGAAUGGAACACGCGCAUGUGAGAUACUGGGAAUGUUAUUACUCUUUGCAGCUUUGGCAGCUGCAGUCUUAAAACAAUUUGUGAUGAAAGAUAAACCGAUUUUGACAAAACUUGGUGGAGGCUGCGCAAUAUUUGGAGGAGUUUUAAUGAUCAUUGGUACCAUCAUUUUUGCUACUGAUAGCAGCCUGAAACUCCUUGGGACGGGAAUGCAUCUACAUGCUGGCUUUGGUCUCUGUAUUGUGGCAGGAAUUCUUGCCCUGCCGGCAGGAAUUGUCAUGUUCUUGAACAAGGAUUAAUGAGAUUGAAGUUUGGGACUUUUGUGCAAAUUAUUCAUGAUACCGAACUUUUGUUAGGAAUCAAAAGUUUCAUUCAUUUAAUGCUCUUAUAUAGCUCAUUAUUGUAAAUUAUGCACGUUAAUUUGAUGACUAUUAUAAUAAAAUGAUAAAGUAUC